GUCAUUCAAAAAGAAUUUGGAUGGGAUAGGAUAACUCCGACAGCACUUAGCAUAGGUGCAAAGACGGAGAGCUCUUUGUGCUUCAAAAUGGCCUCGUCUUCUUCAACGCUCGCUCUAUGCUCUUCUUUCUCUGCUCAAUGCAAAGUCUCUCAUCACCAGAACCCUCUAACUUUCCCCUCAAAAUCUUCUAUUUCUCUCUUCAAACCCAAUUCUUUGAAGCUUGCGUCCCCUCCCAUCCUCUUCACAAAACCGGCAUUUUCGCCUGUUCCCAAAGUCUCCGAGUCUGAGAGUGCCUUAAUCGAGGCUGAAUUCGACGAAAGAGCGCCUGAACCGGCGCAAGUUGUGACGGCCACCAAGGAGGACCUCAAGCGUGAAGACAUUUAUGCUGUUGUUAUGGUUGGUUCUCGCCAGUAUAUUGUUUUCCCUGGAAGAUAUAUCUAUACUCAGAGGCUAAAAGGUGCAAAUGUCGAUGAUAAGAUUGUUCUGAACAAGGUGUUGCUUGUGGGAACAAAAACAACUACCUAUAUUGGAAAACCCAUUGUCACAAAUGCUGUUGUACAUGCUGUUGUUGAAGAGCAGGGAUUAGACCCAAAAGUUGUUGUCUUCAAGUAUAAGAAGAAGAAAAAUUAUCGGAGAAAUAUAGGCCAUCGACAGCCAAAUACAAGAAUAAGGAUUAUAGGCAUCACAGGCUACCAAGAUUAUCCUGUUACUACUCUCGACUCCUAGGAUCACUUGGAUAGGGUUGAAUGCUUUCCAUGAAACUCCGGGGUGAAUGCUUAAUGGAGUUUCUUUCCACGUUCUCUCUUUGUAUGUAUUUCAUUUGUAAAAUAGGGAGUAGAUUGACACAUCCCCUGACAAUCGUUCAUAAAAAACUAAUUCUGUUGCAGUCAUUUAGAAUUUGUUGUCAAAAUCUCUUUUCACAUAUAAUUUCUAAGUCUUCCAUCCCUCAUGCUAUGGUAAUCUGAC